AUAUCUUUCGUUCGUUGGAAAUUUAAUAUUUCUUUCAACUCACACACUGGAAUGAAAAUUGAUUUACGAAUGUUUUCGUUCGUUAUCGAUGUUAUUGUUAUCUAUUUUUUCGUUAUCGACCAACUAUCAUCCGUGCCGGAUUCCCAUUUCAUUUUUGUCGUUGCUAACCGGUCAUUAUUUAUUUUGCUCAAUGUAGACGGAAUUUCACAGAAUAUUUCUAUUUGAAUUAUGAUGGAUUCGACAUCUCCGAUUCUCGACUCUGAUAACGAGUCUGAUCCAGAUAUUUUGGAGUUGCACAAUGACGAUGAUUUUGACAAAUAUGACGAUGAUCAAACAACAACAGCAACAACUACUGUUAAUCAAAAAAUUGGAUCGGUCUGGAGGGAUUUGGUUGUUGGAGAACAGAUGGAGGGAUGUCUUACCCGCCUUGAAGUAACCUCUAAGACGGAUGGUUACACUGAUAUGGAUGAUCCAAACUACAAGCCCACAAAUAAUGAACAUAAACGUAAGCGAGUUUAUUCAUCCAUCAAGUCAAAUCAAAAAACUGAAUAUGAAUCAGAGAAUGAAUAUGAUUUAGAACUUAAUCAUGUUGUGAAAAAAAGAUAUUCCCACAGCAAUGGCAAAGUUACUAAUUGUAAUUAUAAGUAUGUCAAUACAAAAGGAUUUGUUAAAAAAAGAGAUAAUAGUGAUAAUAAAACUAGAAGUAGAAUUUUGCCUGUAAUUUGUGAAUCUGAAGAAAAGCCUAUGGAUCAGUUUUUAGAAGAAUUAUGUACAAAUCUUCAUGAACACAACAUAACUUUAAUGUUGUCUGUAAUAUCGAAAAUUGAUAGAAAUAUUAUUAUUGACAAGUAUAAUAAAACUUGCUUAAUUGAAGCUAAUGGUGGCCAAAUGAUAAAGAAUGGUAACCGUCGACGAACAUCUGGAGGAAUAUUUUUUAAUUUAAUUAAAGAAGAUAAGUCUAUUCCAAAUUCAGCCAAAAAAGAUCUAUUUGGUUGUUCACAAAAUGAAGAGAUAAAAAAGAAAAAGAAACGAGAAAAAAUUAAACGUAAAAAAGAAAAAUUAAAACAAAUCAUUGCUCAGGACAAGAAAGAAGCUGAUCACUUAAAAAUAUUAGAUGAAGAAUUAGAGUCAUUACCAUUGAGAUCUUCACUGGAAAAUAAAGAUUUAUCUUAAUUAUAUUCCAAAACCUAUUUUGUUACAAAUAGUUUAACUGUUAAACAACACUUCCUAGUUGCGUUACUUAUAAUUAUGUACACAUUUUUUAUUAUUAUUACUGUUUUAUUCUUUUUGAAACAUCAUAAACCUAUACAUUUUUUUUUAUUA